AUAUUAGAAGGUUUUUUACACUUAACCCUUUUAUAUAAUAAAUGUCACAUGUAAAUAAUAAACUACUUAGUUAUUGUUUAAGAAAUUGAAAGAUUAACAAAAUCAAGAAAUUGAAAGAUUACAAAACCAUAUUCGCGAAAUAAAUAAUGAUCUGUUCCCAUAUUAUCCUAGUGCCAAGGGCAAAACUUUUUAGGACGAUUUUGUGACUUGGGUCGCAAGCCUUAAUUGAAGAAAAUGAAGACCUUUUUGUACUUUCACUCCACCUCUGUAACUCCGUUCCUAAGCUAACUACUCCAAAACUUUUUUUCCCUCCGUCCGCGUAAUCAGAGAGGCAAUACAAGGCGACCGGUGUCACUCCCCGGUCCCUUCUCUCUCUAUACACCUUCUUACUUUCUCUCUCUAAAUCUACAAUGCGGAAACUCUCUUCCGCAACCAUUCUAUCUUUCCUUAUUCUCGAUCUUCUCUGCUUUACCACUCUGCCCUCUCACUCUCUCUCUCUCCUUGCCACUGAUUCGAACCUCUUGGAGGUGGUUAAUGGCACCGAAUUGAACACUUCACUAUCGGGAUCUAAGGAAGAUAGCUUCGCUGACAUGAUCGAUCGUGCGCUCGAGAAGGAGUUCCACGAGAACGACGACGAACAGUCAAAAGCCACUGAUCCUGGGAGCUUCAACAACAGUGUGAACGAACAGCAGGCAGUUUUGGAAACAGUUGCUAGAGUUAAGACCAAGAAAAAUGACACCAAAGAGGAGAAGUCGUUUCAGUUUCAUGAUGUUUUUAAUUUGGACAACGAGAAUAGAGCAGAAGAAACACCAACACUAAUAGAUCGAAAGGACAAUGUCUUCAUUAUAUCCAAUACAAAGUCAAAGUUUCCUGUGCUACAGUUAGACUUGAGAUUGAUAUCAGAUCUAGUGGUUGUCAUUGUCUCUGCAACUUGUGGUGGCAUUGCCUUUGCUUGUGCUGGACAACCGGUUAUUACCGGAUAUCUUCUAGCUGGAUCUGCUAUUGGACCUGGGGGACUUAGUUUUGUCAGUGAAAUGGUGCAAGUCGAAACAGUAGCUCAGUUUGGUGUUAUUUUUCUUCUUUUUGCAUUGGGCCUGGAGUUCUCUGCAACUAAGCUUCGAGUUGUUCGAGCAGUAGCUGUUUUAGGAGGACUGCUGCAGAUAUUUCUAUUUAUGUGCUUGUGUGGAAUAACAGCCUCGUUAUGCGGAGGUGAAGUAUCCGAGGGGAUAUUUGUUGGUGCAUUCCUGUCUAUGUCAUCAACAGCAGUGGUUUUGAAAUUCUUGAUGGAAAGAAAUAGUAUUAGUGCUCUUCACGGACAGGUCACAGUUGGCAUCCUUAUUCUGCAGGAUUGUGCAGUGGGCUUGCUUUUUGCACUUCUUCCAGUACUGGGGGGUACUUCUGGUGUUCUUCAAGGAGUGAUAUCCAUGACAAAAUCGCUGGUGAUUUUGAUCACAUUUUUGGCCAUUUUGUCAAUAUUAUCCCGUACUUGUGUACCUUGGUGUCUUAAACUAAUGAUAAGCCUAUCAUCACAGAGCAAUGAACUUUAUCAAUUGGCAUCAGUCGCUUUCUGCUUGCUAGUUGCUUGGUGUAGUGAUAAGCUGGGUCUAAGCCUUGAACUGGGUUCCUUUGCUGCUGGAGUGAUGAUAUCAACAACUGAUCUUGCUCAGCAUACACUUGAACAAGUUGAGCCCAUUCGCAACUUCUUUGCUGCUCUUUUUCUUGCCAGCAUUGGGAUGCUUAUACAUGUUCAUUUCCUUUGGAAUCACAUUGAUAUUUUGCUAGCAGCCGUUAUAUUGGUGAUAGUUAUAAAAACUGUCGUGGUUGCUUCAGUUGUCAAAGGAUUUGGAUACAAUAACAGAACUUCGCUUCUUGUUGGAAUGUCUUUAGCACAAAUUGGGGAAUUUGCUUUUGUUCUUCUAAGUCGUGCUUCUAACCUUCAUCUGGUUGAGGGCAAAUUAUAUCUGCUGCUGCUUGGCACAACAGCUCUCAGCCUGGUGUGUAUACAUUGUGAUAACCAGUCCUGGGAAGAAACUGAUCAACGUCUUUUGAGUGCCAAAGAUAAUUUUGGGAAACAUUUUUUUUUUUUUUAAGAGAAAUCCUGCUUGUGAGCCCAAAUGAAGGAGUUGAUGAAAAUGUCUGUGUGAAAUAUGUAGAGUUGAAAUUGAUCGUCAGCUGGCUUGAAUGGAACGUGCGGCAAAUAGUGAUAGCUUUACUUUCAAAUGUGUUAACCAGUGGAUAGGGAAAUGGCUAGAAGAUUAAUGGCUAUGUAGCUCAAUAGUCUAGUGUAUAUAUCACACAAUUUGUUCUGAACCACUUUUGUACCAGUCAAAUAGUCAAAUAUUUAUGUAAUUUUAAUGAAGCAUCAUGCAGAAAAUUUCUGUAAAGUAUCAAAUCUGUGGCAAGCAGGCAUUUGCCCAUGAAUAAUUUCUAAUUAAUACAUAAAAACCAUGAGAAUCAUCCUUGUUUAGUAAUUUUUUUGAAGUAUUCUCUGGGGUAACAAGAUUGUGUAACCAAAGCCUGAGGGAAUAACAUAGAGAGCAUAAGGUAAGCUUAUAUGAGUGAAUUAGCUGUGCAGUAUAUAUCAAUUCAGUAGUUUAUUUUGCAUGAUCUUUCUUCUUUUUCCUGUUCUUUUUUUUUUUUUUUAAAUCAUAUUAUUUGGUUUAUGAUUAAACAACCCACUGGUCCAAGAAAUUUUCUUUUCUUCUUCAUUCUUGAGUGGAACAAUACUCUCUACUAAAAUUAUCAUGUUUGAAUCAAAAUAGAUCUUUUUAAAUGUAAACAUCAGAUAUCAGUUAAAGUUGAAAUGUUAGCCAACUUUUUGUUGUACUCAUAUUACUUGAAAUUUCUUUCACUUGACUCAAGAUGUUGAAGCAUGCUCAC